AUGUCUUUUAGAUAUGUGUUUGCCAAAUACCUGAAAGAUCCUCAAUCGUGUCCCGGAUUAUUGUUCGAGGACGAGAACGUGUUGAUAAUCGAGGAUAUGUAUCCCAAGUCGCUGGUUCACUAUUUAAUUAUCCCAAAGGAGAACACCUCAAAGACACCCCAGGAAGCUUUUAAAGACGAGCAGUUUAUUGCGAAAAUACAGAAAUAUGUUGACAAAGCGAGCGAAAUGGUACUUUCCAAAUGGUCUGCCAGCUACGAGACGCCCAUUUCGAAACAGAACAUUAUAGUUUGCUGCCAUUCGGUGCCGUCCUUGGCCAAUCUCCACAUUCACGUCAUGACAGACGAUCUGUGCUCCAACAGACUGAAGAACAAGAAACACUACAACAGCUUUGCCACGCCGUUUGCUAUCAAGUGGACAGAGUUCCCGCUUGCCGCAGACGACCCGCGUCACAGCCCAGAACACUGCAAUUUGCUACUAAAAGGAGAUCUCAUCCACAACGGAAUAAAUUAUCGUAGCUCAUUUAGAAGAUUGCGCCAGGAGCUCGACCGCAAACGCGACACGAUCGUCACCAACCGCAAACGGAGAGCAGCACAGGACGAAGAAUCUGGCCGAAAGAAAGCCAACACGCUCACUUCGCCGCCCCAUUGA